CAAAACAUUAAAUAGAGGUAUCGCAGAAUUAGUUAUAAUUGCUGCUGAUACAACUCCAUUAGAAAUCGUUCUUCAUUUACCAUUACUAUGCGAGGACAAGGUAUUCGAAAUAUUGACCAACUUUAGAAUGUCCCUUAUGUUUUUGUUAAGAGCAAAGUAGACUUAGGCAGAAUGUGCGGUACAAGUAGAAAUGUUGUGGCUUGCUCAAUUAUAAAGGAUAAAAACUCAAGAAUCAAUUAAAAUAUUACAUAUCUUAAAGAUUUGUGUGAAAGACUCCAAAUAAAUUAAGAAGCAUGAUAAAUAUUAAAUAUGUACAUUAAACAAUCAUAUUAAU